AUGAAUGGAACCACCCAUCAAAGAAACAGAAAGCAGCAUUACGAUUCAUUCCGGGAUCCCGAAAUACUCUUGUUUGAAGAAAUCAACAAGAAGCCAUGUAAACAUUUCUUGCAAAGUGGGACAUGCACUUUCUUUGAUAGUUGUAGAUUUUCUCAUCUACGUGAAGAUGAAAAGGAACAACUGAGAACUCAAGCAACAGAAAUGAAAACAAAAAAAUACAAGAGACAAGACAUAAAGAAGGAUGAAAAUGAUGAGGAUCUCAAAACUUUUUUACAGAAGAUUGAGAGUGGUCAAAAGUUUGAUCAGAAAGAAGGAAAAAAUAUACAUUCAGGAGUAGUGAUUCCAAAAUAUAGCAUUCCAACAUUUUUACAAACUGUUGCAAACUUGCCACCAUCGCUUGUACCGCCUCCACCAGAUAGUUUCUUAGACCUUGAGCUCAAAGAAUGGGGAUAA